AUGGCACACGGCUUCAACUUGGGUCCAACACAAAUAGUCUUCCAUUUAUUUACAAGAAAUAACCCUAGACAAAGCCAACCGCUGCUCGUGUCGCAGGCAUCUAUAUUGUCUUCAUCGUUCCAAUAUGAGUCUCGAACGUACAUCACGAUUCACAGCUAUGGACAAGGCGUAGCUGGAAACUUCAAUGCUCAUGUAGUCCCCGCGUUUCUCGCCGUAGAAGACGCAAACGUGAUCGCCGUUGACUGGAGCCCCGGCGCUUCGGUGUACGUCCAAGGUCUCGCCAAUAUUCCCCAAGUCGGAGACCGUAUUGCGCAGUUUGUGAACCUACUGAGCAACGACUUUAGCUACAGUACCGCUAACAUUCGCAUCGUUGGCGUCGGCCUCGGUGGCCAUGCUGCAGGCAUCGCUGCCAGAGGAGUCACUGGAACUAUUCCUCAUAUUAUUGCUCUCGAUCCUUCUCUUCACGGAUGGCCCCAUCAUCCUCAGAAACUGAAUAAGAACGACGCUGAAGUUGUUGAAGUUAUUCACACCACAGCUGGACAUUAUGGAUAUGAUGAGCCCUUGGGUGACUUGGACUUUUAUCCCAACGGUGGUUCUCGGCAAAUUGGUUGUGGAACUGACGUAGCCUGCUCCCAUAGCUACGCCUACAUCUUUUACGCUGAGUCAGUACACGCGGAUGUGACCAACGCAAAUGCGCCCAGAUUCGUUGGCACUGCUUGUGGUUCUUUGGAAGAGGCCACUACUUUAAGUUGUGCUGGCGCACGUGAUGCUAUUUUCGGUGGAAUUGCCGCGAAGACAGGCAAAAGCGGCAUAUACUCGUUCCACACCAACUAUGAACGUCCGUUUGCCAAAAACUAA